AUGGAGGUUGAUCAAGAAAGUCAACAAGAUCUAAAUGACGAUACUGCAAAGCAGAGUGCUGACAUUCAAGCUCCACCAAUGAAACAAGGUUACUCCACACCACAGCAGUCGAAACCAACCACUGAUAUGACGGAUCUAACCAAAACCUUUACUCGCCGACCAGCGCUGCCGAAGGAUAUAUCGCCGGUGCCGGACAACUCGGUGAAAAGUGAUGGCGUAAGCCCGAGAACAAAUGUACGCUCGACCCGUCAAAAGACAAUGACUAUGGAUUCAUGUGGCACUCACGAGCUGAGAAAGUUAUUCGCGGAAACAAGACAAUCUGGCUCGUCGUUAGAAGAAUUGGAAGCAAAAGUAGUGGAUCUUUUCCGUACGAAGGAAGCUGAAAUGAAUGGGCGUCUUGCUAAGGUAAUGGAGCAAAUGGAGCAGAUGGAGAAGCACGAUAGUAACAAUAACGAAGCGAACCUUAUGGUUUAUCGGUCGUUGGUCUCCGAAUACCAGAUGAUGUUAGAGGAGCUAACAUCUGGAGCAUAUAUUCACGUGGGACGGCUUGAAGAACAUGGUUACUUGAAGAGUGGCGCGUGCGGAGGAUCAUGCAGAGCAUCGACGGAACGGGAUUCGAUAAAGGCGGAGUUGGACUCGAUGCACGAAGACUACAGCAAACUCUAUGAUAGCUACAAGAAAUUACGUAAAGUAUCCGAAGAUCAAAAGCUCGAGUAUGGUGGUUUACAUGAAAGAUAUCUCGAAAAGCUCGAGGAGGUCAAACGUUUGCAAGGAAAAAUGAGCCGGCUACGGGAAGACGCUCAGAAUAAACUGGAACGCGCCUCCAAAGAUGUAGAAGACUGCCUUCGCGAACGAGAUGAGAGUUUAGUUGGGCUGCGACUCAAAGUUCGUCAAUUGGAAAUGGAUUUGAAAUCAAGUCAGCGUGAACUGGAGAUCAAGAAGAACGAGGCCGUUGAGCUGCGCGACAUAUGCGAUCAGUUAAUGUCUCAAAUGGAACCUGCAUCUGACGUAGAACAGUAA